UGCGGUUCUUCUGGUCCAAAAUCACAUUCGGCGAUUACAGCGAAGUGCAGCAAUUUUUUCUCAAUUUUUGUAAAGUUUAUUUCUGUGUUGAAAAUACACUCCAACUGCGUUCGAUUAGUUUGAUUUAGUUGCAAACUAGGUGAAACUGGUCAACGAAAACGAAUCCGGGUUAGUUUGAUCCGGAGAACGCUGAAAAGUGCAGUAAAGAAAAAAAAAAGUCGUACCAACUUGGUGCCCCCCCUCCGUGUGUGUGGUAUAUCUAGCUAGAGAGGAGGAAAAUGUCUACAACCGCAACGCCGGAUGAUGGUGCAACCGUGAACCAGACCGCCGAGGAGACGACCACGAAUGACACCAGGAACGUGGAAGCCGAUAAAGCCCGGGCCGAGGAAUUGAAGAACCAGGCCAAUGAGUACUUUAAAAAUAAGGACAACGAAAAAGCCAUCAACCUGUACUCAGAAGCGAUCGAGCUGGACGGCAACAAUGCCAUCUACUAUGCGAACCGUAGCUUCGCCUACCUGCGACAGGAAGCAUUCGGAUAUGCGCUGAACGAUGCCGUCCAGGCGAUCAAGUGCAACCCGGCCUACCUGAAGGGCUACUACCGGAGGGCGGGAGCGCACAUGGCCCUCGGCAAGUUCAAACUGGCCCUGCAAGAUCUGGAGUUUGUGGCGAAGCGGUGCCCCAGCGACAAGGACGCCCAGAUGAAGUACACUGAGUGCAACAAGAUCGUAAAGAAGAUGGCCUUCGAACGGGCGAUUGCCGUCGACAAGCAGGAAAAGAGCCUGCUCGAGAUGUGCCGGGAUCUGGAGUCGGCAACAAUUGAGGCGGACUACGAAGGACCAAAGCUAGAAGACGGCAUAGUGACGCUAGAGUUCAUGAAGCACCUAAUGGAGUGGUACAAGAACGAGAAAAAGCUUCAUAAAAACUUUGCUUAUAGGAUUCUGUGCGACGUGGAAGCUCUGUUCAAAAAGCAACCCCCGCUGGUAGACAUCACCGUGCCGGAUGAGUGCAAGUUCACCGUGUGUGGCGACAUCCACGGUCAGUUUUACGAUUUGCUCAAUAUUUUCGAAAUCAACGGACUGCCUUCGGAAACCAAUCCAUAUCUGUUCAACGGGGACUUCGUAGAUCGGGGUUCGUUCUCGGUGGAGUGCAUAUUCACGUUGUUUGGAUUCAAGCUACUGUAUCCGAACCAUUUCUUCCUGUCGAGAGGCAACCACGAGAGUGUAAAUAUGAACCAAAUGUACGGCUUCACCGGCGAGGUGGUGGCCAAGUACUCGCAAACCAUGUCGGAGAUGUUCACGAUCGUGUACAACUGGCUUCCGCUGUGUCACUGCAUCAACCAGAAGGUGCUGGUCAUGCAUGGUGGUCUGUUCUCGAAGGACGGAGUAUCGCUGGACGAUAUCCGGGCGAUCGAUCGGAACAGGCAACCACCGGAGGAGGGACUGAUGUGUGAGUUGUUGUGGUCCGAUCCGCAGCCACAGAAUGGGCGGGCCCCAUCCAAACGUGGCGUCGGAAUCCAGUUCGGGCCGGACGUGACGAAAGCCUUCCUAGCGCAUAACAAAUUGGAUUACGUCGUUCGAAGUCACGAGGUCAAGGACGACGGAUACGAGGUGGCUCACGAUGGCAAAUGCAUCACGGUGUUCUCGGCACCCAACUAUUGUGACGCCAUGGGUAACUUAGGAGCAUUCAUCAACCUGAAAGGAAACGAUUUGACGCCCCAGUACAAAACCUACGCUGCUGUUCCGCAUCCCAAGGUCAAACCGAUGGCGUAUGCCAGCUCGUUAAGUCUUCUUGCGUAGUACCUUGGACUAGCGAAAACUGCCAAAAUUAAGCUGAACAGUACGGAACGAACGCGGCAUUCGUCGAUGAAUAAGAAGAAGAAGAAGCAUGCACCGGCCAGGUAUAUUUGUUCCAGUGAAAGAAAAAACGCUACCACAAGCGUUACCACCGUUCUGUUUACGAGACACAUUUUCGUUUUUUACAAGCUGUUUGAAAUUGUAGAGAUAUUGCUCUUUAAAUUUUUAAUUUUUAUUUUUAUUAGUCCUAACAAAAUAAUGGCUGGCAUUGAGUUUGAUGAAUUUUUUUGUUUUUUACGUGGCAAAUCAACAAUAAAAAUGUAUGGGGAAUCGAGAAAAAUAAUUUUAUUUGUUUAGUUUCUGUUUAUUUAAAAUACGUUUUCAAACAUACAGAAGAAAAAAAAACGGAACAGUUGUUUAGUUCUAGACUGUUAGGUUACAGCCGAAAGCUUACAAAAAAUAUAAUUAAGACAAACAAA